UGUGCGUGUAUUUUGAAUUUUAUGUUUUGAAAUAAUGGCUACUGGAUCCGAAAAUAAUUUAUCCGUACUAGCAGAUCAACUUAAACGUAUCGAAUUCGUUAAUGUGAACCAUUCAUUAGAAUCGGAUUCGAAGCUAAAAUCUUGUGUCUCCGCUAUGACUUCAGAAUUUUACUCUACAAUCAAACGAAAUUACCUUCAAUGGAAAGAGUUUGUCAAGGAAACAAACCAAAUAAUCAAUGCCAAUGAACUCAAUCAUCGGGAUUCAACACCGGCCGCUUGUGUCGAGGAUAGUUCAAGUGAAGAUGAAGUCGAUUUGCAGUUGAUGUGGGACGUUUCAUUGGUAUCUAAUGCUGAUUCUUGCAAUGAAGAUAGCUUCCGUCGUUCCAUUUGCCAGCAGGAUGUUAAACGGGAGCGCGUGUUUGACUACUUGUGUACACUGGACGAUUCAAAAUGGUCUACGGUAGACGUUGAUUCACCGGUUGAACCAGAAAGUCCAGUCGUCUACGACAGUACAAUUGACCGUACAGAAUCUGCUGAGAUUAAACUAGUGGUUUCGGAACUGAUAGUACCGGAAAGCCAAGAAUCAAUUGUAACUUUAAACCCGGAUAGGAUGGCUAAUGAUACAGCGGUCGAGAUUCAGAUCGGAAAAAUAGUUCUUUCCGGUGAUGAUAACGAAUCGACUACUCUUGUCGGAGGUCAUACGUUCGAUAGCAUUACUCUAGCGGAAAACGGAGAGAUACCGUUAACGCAAUAUGUCGAAAAAUUAGAAAAAUUGAAUGGAAGAAACAUUGAAAACACGGACAAACAAGCGACGUCGUUAGGAACCGAUGAAGUGUUAUGCUCUUGCAUCGAUUCGGGAAAUCUGACGAUGGAAAACAAACUAAACUUGCCACAAGAAAUUGAAGAUAUUCGAGAAACUGCUCCUCAGCAAAUUCAGUCGAUCUCAACUGAUUGCGAGGAACAAUUGUCGCAUCUUGCUUCUGCUGCAACUGGAACUGUUUCGGAAAAAGUCGACAUAGAUACGAAACCGUUGAGAGAACCGGUAACCGAAGCCUCGGAGGAGCAUAUAAAGCUAGAUGUCGAGCGAAAUGUUCGCAAUUAUGACGAAAAUGGGAUAUUUCAAAACGAUUCUGUUGUGCCGGAGAUAUACGAACCGGAUGUCAUUCCAUCGUCAUUCAGUCAGGAUAAUUGUAUGCAGUUAGCUCAAGUGGACCGCGAACACUGCAUGCUUGAAUCUACCGAAUUUCGGUUGAUACCAAAUUUUCUUACUAUCAACAUGGGGAUAGAAAUAGCGGAGAAAUUGUCCACUGAAGCGGAAAUUGCAGAAGUGAUAGAACCAGCCGGUCCUGAAAGUUCUCUAGGAAUGGGCCGAAAUUUACAAUCCCGGAAUAGGCUCUCCCUGAGAAACACAAAUCCGACUGUCGUAACUUCAACUCUUGCUACAAACAGUAAAACGGCUAAAAGUCAAAUGCAUCCAGAAGAACCAUGUCAAGAGAAAACAACUUCUGACGAAACAAGGAAAAUCACUUUAACAAAGGCACAAUCGGAACCGCUUUUGAACUCUAUAUACUAUACGUGUUCGAAUGUUUCAACGUUGAACGAGUCUCGUUCUAAACCGAUGGAACUUGAUGAGUCUAAAAAACGCACUGACGAGUCUAUUAAAACUAGCCUUAAUCUAGCUUUAUCUAGACCUAGUGCAGAGCGAACGCUUUCCGACCAUGGAGUAAACUGUGAAACAUCUCUACGGAACGACUCAGUGACAGUGUCGGAGGUUAAGUCAUCACAGAAGAAAGUUCAUUUCAAUCCAACCGUGGAGGAAGUUCAGAACGGAAACCGAUCUUUUAGGAACACUUUUAGUCGGUCCGAAUGUAACGAUGAAUUGGAACCUUUAAAUUCAAUCGCAACCUACGAUAGUAAAGACGAAAAUAGGUCAGACUCAAUGAAUUUGAACGACGCUUUUUGCACAUCCAGUACUAAUACAAAAUGUGCAGGGAAAAAGACACGUCCUGCUAAUUCUAAGGCGAAGAGAAUGCCCUCCAAAUCCCGGGCCAAUUCGUCUUCCAAAGAUCUUUCCCCGAAGAAAGCUCUCAAAAAUAACAAAGCGUUCGAAAAAACGCAACGUACUUCCGAAUCCGACGAAUCAUCGUUGGUACCUUUGAAUUCAACAGCAGGCUUUAAAAAUGUAAUUUCAAACGUGACCGAAAAUAAUCCAGAAACUACAGUGAAAAAGACACGUCCUGUACGUUCUACGGCAAAGAAAGUGCCCCCAAAACCGCGAACAAACUCGUCUAUGGGAAGUCCUUCCCCGAAAAAAGUUCUUCGAAACAACAGAUCAUUUGGAAAAUCGAAAAGUACAUCCAAGUUGGCGAAAUUUUCCGAUGUGCCAUCGAAGGUAACAUUGAACUCGAUCGCGGCUUGCAACAACGGUGACGUUUAUGACAUUUCGCACGUCAGUGAUGAAGAGAGCAGCACAUUGUCUCUAGGGCGCCGCAAACCGGCUAGAGGAGCCGAUGUGGCAGAAGUAACGAAACCAUCGGUUUCCGAUGAAUCCUCUGUUCAAUCACAAGAAACUUUGAGCGACUCUCUACGACAUGAAGUUCAAAUGUUCAUGCAGCAAACCAUCAAAAGUUUUCAUCUGGAACAUAAAACAGGCAAACCGAAACGUUCCAGAUCGGACAAAUAUGCCGAAUUAAAAACAAUCAUUCAGGAAACGAUUAAAAUGGAACUGCAAGCCCAGUUCAAAAAUCUUCAAACUCGUAAACGGAAGUAUCGACCACCGGCAGCUAAACCCCGUAAAGUUAUCAUCGUUCAAAAAGCUGUUCCAAAACGUUAUCCUACAACGGAAAGGUCAACACAGAUCGAUGACCCUCCAACGGCGGACAAGUAUACACAGAUCGAAGGCCCUGCAACAGCGGAAAUCAGCACGAACACCGGAAAUUGGAAGAAACGCACAGCAAAGAAGCAUACUACGGAAAAGAAAUCAAAAACUAAUGAACCUUCAUGUAUCCGAAACAAGAAACAAUCGGUUGAGGCUCGUCGAAACCAGCCAACAUUAUCGCAGUGUUUUGAGCAUCAUCCAUUCCCAACUGGUGUUGGUUUUGUUGAGCAACACCGGUCGAACGAUGAACCUUUGGAAGUACCGGAAACGCCCAGGACGUCUGACCAUGGGAAUGAACCCGAUAGAAGAACCGACUGGGAACAGUACGAUCACGAAGAGGAUGCACGGGAAUUCAGAUGUUCGAAACAAACCAAAGGAUGCUACCGAGUCCCUUGUUCGCCCAACUGCAGCUCUAUAUUUUCGACUUCGUUUUGGCAGAACACCGAAUCUCUGUCUUCGUAUGCACCCGACGUUCUUGAAAACAUGGACAUUGAGCAAGCGAACGAGUUCUUUCAAAAGCUAGAGCAGCUACAUCUCAGCACAAUGAGCGAAUCCUCUCCAUGUCAAAUAGUUUCAAACAGUCAAAAUAAAUCUUCUGUCUCGAGGACCCGCCGUCGUUCAACUGGAAAUCGUCGAACAGUACUGCGUCCAUAUCCGGCAUGCCCUAAAAUUAGGGCUCCAUCAGUAGUGUUACAAGCACGUAAGACGUUAUGCACAGUUGAACGUGAAGGUAACAAUCAAGACUCGCUGCUAGAGCCGAUACUAGUUGGACCGUUUAACGAUCCCGUGCUGUACCCGGAAGAAUGUUUGGAAUUUAUUGGGAAACGGUUUGUAAAGGAUUGGAGAUACUGGCGGUUGCGUCAUUUUCCAGAGUCGUACGAAAAAAUGGGACAGUUCAGUACCAGACAUUUACAUUUCAAUAUGAUACAUGGCCACUACGACAAAAUCGAUCUGUUAGACGAGAAUGAUGGUGAUGAAAGUAGAGAAGAUAACCAAAUAGAUGACGAUAAUGACAAUGCUAAGUACAGAGCACCAUGGCCGUUCUGCAGUAGCGUCAAGAAGUCCCAAAAUCUUCGCCCCUUUUCGCCGGAAAUUUCUCCGAUAGUUUUUGAGCAGAACGAAAACGACGACAGUGGACCAAUAGUGCCAUAUUAGUUUGUAAGUAGGAGUAGAACUCAUAUAUUUAUUUUUUAUUUCUCAAGUAUAUCAAAUAUAAUGAAUUUAUUUAUUUUUUUUGUAAUCAUCGAUAGUUUUCAGUAAAA